CUGGGUACUACCUGAUGACGUCUCAAGAAACGGCCAAAGCAGUGUAAAAUCAGCCAUGUUGACUAGCGCAGUCACAAUAAGACGCUGCCUCAUUAAACUCACCAAAAGUGAAGUACUUUAUGGUUUUGUAUGUUAAUAAAGCAAAGGCGUGGAGCGAUAGAUGUGUCAUGGUAAUUUUGAGUGCGAGCCGAAGUGAAAUCACCGAAAUAUCGAAGCUGUAACACUUAUGUGACCCACAUUGUGUUUUAAAACCCAAAUGGUGCAGUUAAAGUUAAACGGUUCUAGCGACAACAUGAAGUGAUCCGAGUGUUUUUAACAUGUCAAAAAAACCGCCAUUCAUCGCAAAAACAAACGAGAACAACGUAGUGCCGCCGAGAUACCAACCGCCACCAAUACCAAACAACCAGGGAAUACUUAAAAAAGAUGCUAAGAAUUUUGCAGGAAAAACUGGGGAUAACGUAAUUAGUAGACCUGAGAAUAUACCCCCUAAAAUACCCUAUCACUACCCCAACAAACAGUACCAGUACCCUGUGUAUCCAGCGCAAAUCAGAACGCCCUUGGAGGAACCACAGAGAACUACAGUGCAGAUACACCAGGAUUCCAGACCCAGACCACUGGAUGAACCAGGGAUUCCCCAAAUAGACCCCCGGCUUCAUAGAGCCCCCAUUAGAUACGAAGAGGAGUUCGUGCGUCCAGAAAUGCUGAAGUUCGUGCGCAAACAGGACAUCCCCGACCAACGGCACAUGCAGAAUGCCCUGCUGGAGCUGAGGUCCCUGAAAGAAGCCAAUCAGCACCUGGCGGACGACAACCAGGAGCUGCGCGACCUGUGCUGCUUCCUCGACGACGACAGGCAAAAGGGGCGCAAGUUGGCGCGGGAGUGGCAGCGUUUCGGGCGUUACACCGCCUCCGUGAUGCGGCAGGAGGUGUCCGCGUACCAGAUGAAGCUCCGCGAGCUGGACAACAAGCAGCAGGAGCUGAUCAAAGACAAUUUGGAGCUGAAGGAGUUGUGCUUGUACUUGGACGAGGAGAGGGGCGGCAAUUCGAUGUGCGCCAACUGCGGUUCGGUGCCCGCCAACAACUUGAGGGACGACGGGGACGGUUCGAGUUCGAGCACCAAUGCCGACGAGCCGGCGGUUCCGCAACAGUUCGGUGCUGGCGGGGAGCCGCCGCGGAGGAGUGCCAGUAGGGAGAGACUUUUGCACGAGAAUUUGGCCAGGCAGAGGAGCACGUUUAACGACCAAAUCAUGCAGUACGUGCGAAGCCUAGAGCAGCGCGUGAACCAGCUGGAAGAAGACAAACGCUCGCUAACCCACAAGAUAAAUCAGAUCGCGACCAGUACCGGGGACCAAAGUCUGGCGAUUCCGCAGGACAGCGGGGCGGGGGUGCUGAGCGGAAGGCCGGAAGCCGUGGUGAGGGCUCUCCAGGUUCUCGAGGUGCGAGAGCAGCUGGAAAGAGAGGCCAGAGCACCGGACAGAACCGACCCCGUGCCGGACACGGAUAUGGACGACGGGGAGAAGGCUUUAGUCCGGGAGAUGUGUAACGUUGUAUGGAGGAAACUCGAAGAAGCCCCCCCAUUAUUAAGACGAUAAAUAUGAAUGUUGUGUAAGAUUAAAAAUUAUUAAAAAAUGCCCCAAGAAGCUGGGUAAAUUUUAAGUAAAAUUAUUUAUUUUUAUUCAGAAUGGAUAAUUUAAUAUUUUAAUUGGCCAAUUUGUAUUAA